AGAGAGAGAGAGAGAGAGAGAGAGUUCCACGUACAGAGCGCAGACAGUAGCAUAUGCCCGACACUUGCUAAACAGAGAGUCAUUCACUACUAUCGGAUCAAACAUUAUGGGCACUGAAGUGAAAAAUACAGACACUGAAAAGCCACUGUCACUGAAAAAGUUUCACAUCUCCGAGGAUUAUGGGUUUAUUCUUCCUGAACCUCUGACAGACCUACCGGCGCACUACAAGCCCUGGAUGGACAUUGCCAGAAAUGUGACAGAACUCGUCUCUUCUCAUUCUUUGCGCCUCAGAAUUCAUGAUAUGCCUCUGUUGGAGACUCAUUUGUUGCAGACCCAUCGUGAGCUGCGUUUGGCUCAUCUGGCUUUGAGCACGAUGACUAUGGGUUACGUAUGGCAGGAGGGAGAGAGAGAAACAGUAAAAGUGCUUCCGAGGAAUCUAUCGGUGCCGUUCUGUGAGGUGUCUCGGAGACUGGGUCUGCCCCCAAUUCUCAUCCACGCGGACACAGUCCUUGCUAACUGGAAGAAAAGAGAUCCAGAUGGACCUUUUUCCUUGGAGAACUUGGAGUUGUUGUUGACAUUGCCUGGAGGGGAAAGUGUAAGGGGUUUUUUUCUGGUUACACUGCUGGUGGAGUUGGCAGCUGUUCCUGGCCUGAAGUCUAUCCUUGAUGUCAUCAACGGUGUCCAUUAUAAUGAUGUUGCUAUGGUCACCAAAGCUCUGGAUGUUGUCAGUCAGGCCAUAGACAGCAUGAAACAGGCUCUUAAACUGAUGCAUGAAUAUGUAGAUCCCUCCAUAUUCUAUGGCAUUAUUAGGAUCUAUCUGUCUGGAUGGAAAGAUAACCCAUCAAUGCCAGAAGGUCUCGUGUACGAGGGAGUUCAGGAGAAGCCAAUGGAGUUUUCGGGAGGCAGUGCCGCACAAAGUAGUAUCCUACACUGCUUUGAUGAGCUGCUGGGAGUCCAACAUAAAGGCGACGGUGGGGCCUUCCUGAGAAGAAUGAGAGACUACAUGCCGCCCUCUCAUAAGCGUUUCAUUGAAGACAUCUCUUGUCGCCCGUCCCUGCGCAACUUUGUGCUCCAGCAAGCCGAUGAGCAUCUAACGCACACAUUUGAACAGUGUGUGGCUCGCUUGGUGGACUUUCGGAGUUGCCACAUCAACAUUGUCACCCGUUACAUUACUAUACCGGCAUCCCGUGCCAAACAGCUCCGUGCAAACAAGCAAGGUUUGGUCGAUGAGCUCGACGCUAUCAGGAAAGCACCAACAGCGCUGGAGGAAAGAGGUACUGGAGGUUCAGGGAUUAUGGUCUUUCUGAAGACUGUGCGUGAUGAAACUAAAGACGUCCACAUACCACACUGUACUAAUGGGAACCACGUCUUGCCAGACGCACCGAUGACAGCGAUACAGAAGGCUGCGUCUGAGCUCACAAUAGAAUGAAAAUAGUAUCUUGAAUGGUGAUUUAACAACCCAGGCUCAUUGGAAAAAAUUAUAUUACGUUGCUUUUUGCAUGUUUCGCAACACUUUCAAAGUGAAAUGGCCAGUGUGUGGCGCUAAAAACACGUUAAGUUUUAUCUGCAACAGAUGAACACGAAUCUGGCAAUGUUUUAUUAAAGGUACAAUAAGCGAUUUUUGAGAAACGCUGUUGAAAGUGGAUCAGACCGAGCACCACAACACACUUGUAUAUACUCUUGUGUACUGUUUGUACAUUUUUUGUUCUUCCUUGUCAUUCGUUCGUCAUCUUUGCUUUAUUUUUCAUGAAGCAAUAUUUUUCGUCGCUUCAGCUGUAAUAAAGAGGCAUCCACA